CUAAUAGACCAAAUCGACUGCCGCUCACCUCUCUCUCUCUCUCUCUCUCUCUCGUUCUUCUCUCAACUCUCUCUAAGUUUCGCCUCUCUUCUUCCCUCACAGAGAAAAGCGAAACCCUAGCCAAGCCUUGCCGUCGUAAUCCUCGCCUCUCGAACUCUCUGUUUCUCACCUCUGCCUCAAGGAAAUGAAAACCUGAAACUCACCACAAGCCGCCCACGGCCGCGACAAAACGAUGACGAGAUGACGGCCUGAAUCGACUUCAAUCGACUGGAGGCAUGUCGAUCCAGGUAGGGAUUUUGCUUGCAUGUUAUUUUCUUUCUCUUUAUUUGUUGAUUUUAAGAAAUUUUAGGGUUCUAAUCGUUUUUUUAUUUUGGACUUUCUUAUGGUUUGGUUUCGGACCGUGGGAGAAGAAAAUGGUUCGCUGGUGACUUAGAACUUUGAUGACGUCGAGUACAGCCCUCACGCCAGCGGUAAGCUAACUCUGUUGUUGCAUGUUUGGUUCUCUUGAGAUUUUGACGAUUUCUAUUCUAAUUUUGUUUUUUUAUAUUGUAUUUUGAUUUUUUUUUUUUGGAUUCGACGAGGGGAGAAUAAGGGCAACUUUGGCGGCUAGGGUCUCCGUCGGCAAGCCUUUGCCGGCGGUGGUGUGACAACGGCGACAGGUGAUGUUUUGGUUUCUGUGAUUUUUACUUUUGAUUUAUUAUUCCUUUAAUCGAUUCUGACCUCUAUUCUUUUUUUGACACAGGUUUUGAAAAUUGGGCAGAUCUAGGUAAGGAUCAUCCUAAACUGAGUUUAGUAUGACUGGGGAGGUUAAACUAAAAAAAGCAAAGUAUUGUGUUGUGGUUCAGAAUUUCUUUACAGAUCUGUGGUUUUCAAUAAAAACUGGUUAUGUAUGAGUUCAUAUGAUUCUGAAAUGGUGUUUUUCGGACUACACUUAGCAUGGUUAGGAGGUAUAAAUUCAGAAAGGGGAUUUGCUUGUUAUUGAGUUUUGAAUCUGGUAGUUUUGAUCCAAAACUUUUUGAUAGAAAAUGAGGCUUUUUGCGUAUGUGCCUCUGAUGACAUACGGUUUUGGAGGCUUGGUUUAAAGCUUAAAAUUUAUGGAUUUGCUUCUACCUAAACUAAGUAGUAAAAAAUGGAUCUUGGUGUAAUGAAAAUAGAGAUGGCUACUUUUAACGUCUAUGAAUCGCCGGCACUGCUUGCGAUUCUGCGAAAUUGGUAUGGGUUUUAAACUCUGAAAUUUAUUGUGCUUGAGUGAUUUUUUUGGGAUCUGGAUUCAGGUUCAUCCAUGAACUUCUAAAAGUGGUUUUUGCUUCUAAAAUAUAUAUAUAUAUAUAUAUAUAUAUAUAUGGUGGCGUCUUCGGUGCACUCACUUUUUUGGGUGCAUUCAGUGCACUCGCUUCAUAACCGUCAUUUUAAACAUGCGAUUUAUGUUAAAAUGAUGUCAAUCAUCACUUAUGAUGUGAUGAACAAUAAAGCACAUUAAUUUGCACAAAAACUAUUGAAAAUUUACUUUAAUUUGAAGAAUUUAGAGUUCAGAGAUUUAGGAUUAGGGUUAGGGUUUACAAUUUGGGGUUUAGGACUAGAACUCAAAAUUGGAGGUCUAGGGCUUAGGAUAAUCUGCUAAUUAGUUGUUAUUAUAUGUUAUAUAAUCAUAUUACACUAAUUCUACAAAUUAAAAUUCAAAAUCCGACACCUUAAGACUAGUUUUUGAGUUGGGUGCAUUGUACGCACUCAUUUUUGUGAGUGCACCGAAGUAGUCACCAUAUAUAUAUAUAUAUAUAUAUAUGGUGGCUACUUCGGUGCACUCACUUUUUUGGGUGCAUUCAGUGCACCCAACUCUAAAAGAGGUCAUAAUACAUUGAUUUUGAACUUUAAUUGGUAGCAUUAGUAUAAUAUGAAGAUAUAACAUAGAAUCAUAACUAAUCAAUCCAUUACCCUAACCCGUUAACCUUCAAUUUUGAAUCCCAAACCAAAAUCCCAAAUUGUAAACCUAAACCCUAACCCUAAAUCGCUAAACCCUAAAUCCUUAAAAUUAAAGUAAAUCCAAAAUAAUUUUUGCACAAAUUCAUGUGUUUCUUGUUCAUAAUAUCAUAAGAGACAAUCGAUACCGUUUUGACAUGAAUCGCAUGCUCGGAAUGAUAAUUAUGAGACAGGUGCAUUGAAUGCACCCAAAAAAGUGAGUGCACUGAAAACGUCACCAUAUAUAUAUAUAUAUAUAUAUAUAUGCAUGCUAUCUAGUUGUACUUUAACUUGCCCAUGUAUGACUACGAAUGAGGGAAUCUAAGUAUGGCAGAAAAUUAACUCAAAACAUCCACCACUACUCAUAGUUAAGUCAAUCAGCAUAGUAGUAAUAGCAUAGACGAAGCUAAUAAUACGAGAGGAAAAUGAAACUUUAAUGGUAGAGCUUAAUGAAGCUUAUACGAGUAGAUCUUGGUAAAUGGAGUGCUUGAAUGUAAAGAAGCUUGAAAGUAAAACACUAGAUUGACGAUUUUGACAUUAAGGUGGUUGACUAUAAACUUGACAAAAUGAAAUGAGAUCUUAUUAAGAAGGUAGCUGGGUAUAAACACCAACCUGGUUGAAGCUUCUGGCCUAAGAAUGACCUCCUUUUGCUUCUCUUCAAAUAUCUGGACUGAACUUCGUACAAAAGACGGAUCGAAAAUGAAAACAGGAUGCUAGUGUUUCUCUUGAAUAUUUGUCUGUUUCUCUUAGUUGGAAUCGUCCUCCCCCUAUAACAAAGAGCCCCAAGAGCUCAUUUAUAGCAAAAAAGCUGUCCGACGUGUCUUUUCUUCAUUGGUUGAUUUUGAGGCCCAUUGUGAGACCUCCACCACAGUUGGUCGGUUCUGCCUGGUCAGGAUAGGGUUGGCACACAGUUUUAAGUUGGAAUGGCAGGGCUGUUGGCUUGUAUUUUGGGCCGACUUGGCUUUUGUUUGGGCUUGGAAUGGGCUGGGAUGGACUUGAAUUUGGGCUUAAAAAUCUGGAAUUGGACUUACCCUUUGGACUUAGUCAGAUCUGGGCUUUAGUUUGAAUCUGGAAACUAGCCCUUGUGCUUCAACUAACUGCUACCUUUGUUUUUGCAGAUCCAAGUCUAAAAGUCUUUGAAGCAUUGGGCUGGGCUUGACUCUUCCUUCGUAGGCUAAAUUUCAAAAUUCUUGUAUACCAAAGUAUGGUAAAUGUGUAAUGAUGUUUAAUGAUUGUACCAAAUUUCUAAUUUUUGAAUCAUAUACUUUGGGAUGUUUCCUUUCGAAUUCAAGCCCCAUUAUCGAACCCAAAUGCUCUGACACGAAAUUGGAACGAAAGAUCAGACUAUCACUCUCGAAUAGCAAUACUCUCUCUUGUGUAAAUUCUGGUCACAAGUUUUUUCGUUUUAUAUUCGGACAAAAUGUGGUGUCUACAGGGACUAUUGAAGAAGGUGGCAUGAAUGAGAGAGGCAUCACGACAGGUGUAGGCAACUGAAAGGGAGCUGCGCACGCUGGAGGUGUCACUCAUGGUGAUGGAGCAGUCGACGAUGCACCCUCCCCACAAGCAAUGGCGAAGGCGAGCUUGUUGGCGACAAUGGGGCUUGAUGUAGAGCAUAUUGGCGGUGGCUCAUCCCUAGAGCCCGCGAGGCUGAGCAGUGUGGGCCAAGUUUCUGGAGGCUCAAAGCUCAGGGGAGGACUCUUGCACACUCCAACUGCGCAUGGUAUCAUCGCGAUCCACAAAGGCGAAAUUGGCGGGAUAUGACCUCGUGGGCUAAGAAUUUUGGUUUAAUGGACCUGAGGCUCAACGUUUGUGAGUAGGAGUAGGUUACGGACCGAUGAGAUUUAGGCCGAUCGGGUCCAAAUUGAGUUGUGGUUGAAGACGAGAUGAGCUUGGUGAACCAAGGCGAGAUGGUUGGACACCAGGGUAGUUGGCUAAGUUGAGGAAAACCGAGACAAUUGUUGAAUACUAAUAAGAGUUCUUGAAACUGAGCAACAUGUGCAAAGGAAUGCUAGAUGAGACUGGGGGCAAUGCAUGACAGGUCUGAGGCCAGAGUUUGCGGCAUCGGUCAAGGUAUUUGAGUCUAAUUCUUUGAGAGUGGGUUUGAGGUAAAAAAAAAAUGAUCUAUCUGGUUGGAGGAGCAGUGGCAGUUGCUUUCAGAAGGCAACUAGUCUUUCUGGUGGAGGUUUCAUGGAUAGCAGAGGAGUCAUGGCAGUGGCUGCUCAGACUCCAGGGAUGGCAACUAGAGAUGACAAUUUUGACCUGACCCGUUUGCAUAAAUUACAUGUAAUCUUAGUCAUUACUUAGGUUUUUUCUGUUAUUACCUCAUAUCUUAGCUAUCAUAGAGUUAUAAAUAAAUAAAAACCUCAAUUCCUCCAAUAGUUUAACUACAUUUAUUAUUUUAUGAUUUAUUUCUUGAUUCUAAUGAUAAUAACGAAUAUUUCUAAUAUUUUCCAUAUAAAUUACACGGUUACUAAAAAUAUAAAAUAAAAUUUACACUAAAAGUUACCUACUAAAAAUUAGAGAUUAAAAAACAGUUUCAGGGUUUUUUUUUUUUAUCAGGUUCCUACUUCCUAGGGCUAGAAUGUGUACACUACAGUUUUGAUUGUUUAGCAAGAACGUCGGUGGUCGUCAUAGAGAAAGCAACAAACUUCAAUUCGCCAUUCUAGGUCUGUCGCUUGAAGCUACGGGGAGCCGCCCAACCUAGUGGUGAGAUGAGCAGCCGACGCGGCCCACCGAAGCACCAAAACGAAUAUGCUUGGAAGCCUAAAGCAGGCAUCAAGAUCAACGAAACGGAAGUCGGCGGCAGGUUCAGGCCCUUACCGGCGAUUUGCGGAGUGUGCCAACGAUGUAAAGACCAGAUCGAUUGGAAGCGCCGCUACGGCAAGUACAAGCCUCUUACUGAGCCAGCAAAAUGCCAACAUUGCUCCAAACGUGCAGUCCGUCAUGCCUACCAUAACUUAUGUUCAGGAUGUGCCAAGGAGCAAAAGGUGUGCGCAAAGUGCCAAUGCCGAGUGGACCAGAUAGUUGGAAGGGAUUCUGAAGUUGCCGAGGCUGAGCAGAAGAUGCUUGAGGAUGCCAUUAAGAAUGCCCGGGAGAGAGAUAGGAGGACCCUCCUGCGCUCGAUGGGCAAAGCUAAAACCAAGACUUCAGCAAUGCCACCAACCACAGAAGGAAAUAAAGUCGGGGAUCUGUUUCCUACUGUAUCACUGGAAGGAUAUGCUGCAAAAGUCUCUGGUCUUCGUAUAAGUGACACUAAUAAUAAGGACAUCGAUGAAGGAGAAGAAAACCACUACUGUGAUGAACAAGGCGUACCAAGAGACGAGAAUGAAGAUGAAGUAGAGGGGGAUGAUAGCGAGGAAGACAAUGGUGAAUCGGAAAGUGGAAGUAGAGUUGAACAAGCACUUUAACAUCAUUAGGAUUGGUAGCUAUAUAGGCACUCGAAGAUGGAAAUGUAUCGCUUUAUAAUGUUUCUAAAGUAUCCUACUACUGCUCAUAUACGAGGAAGCAAUUUUGGUUUGAGAUCUCACUUUUCGGUACUUGUGAUUCCUAUUGAUCAAAUUAUGGCUGCAUUCAUUUUCCAGACUAAUACAAAAUGUCACAACGU